CGAACGACACACGGCCAUCCGCGGGAAACCAAUACUAUGUACAAACCUUGAGAGCAAGGGUCUGGGGGUAGGCUCCACUUCUUGGCUGCGCGUGUCUUUAUUAAUCCUUUUCGCGGGACGCGCGUCUCUUGCUCCCAAGCCUCAAACCUUGAAACAGCACGGUUCACGAAUCUCCCAAUGUCUCUUUUUGCCCAGACCUGGAGGCUGCCAACCCCUGCCUGAUCUUCAGAUGACGGCAUGCGGCUACACGUUAGAAAGACCCACUGUCGUCGUCGCCCGUUUUUGCUGGUCAGUCUGUUAGUCUUUUAUAUCGCGCUCAACACUAAGGAGUUUUCUGCUCGGGUGGGCUACCGAGAAAGAGACGCGGACACUCACGUGGCUCUUCGUCUUCGUGGUGUAAAAUAACUAGUGUACCAUUAAGACACUAU